AUGGAGCGGGUUAUUUUAGCCAUGCAGGACCCUAAUGUUGGGAUAAAAAUGAGAAACCAGAGGCUCCUAAUUACAGUAAUCCCACAUGCAAUGACAGGGAAUGACAUAGUGGAGUGGCUCAUUCAGAGGUUUUCCAUCACUGAAGAAGAGGCCCUGCAUUUGGGAAAUCUCAUUGUUAAAUAUGGCUAUAUCUAUCCACUGAAAGAUGCCAAGACCCUUAUUCUUAAGGCAGACGAAUCACCAUACCGUUUCCAGACACCAUACUUUUGGACUACAAAUAAAUGGCCAGCUGUGGAACUUGACUAUGCAAUUUAUCUGGCCAAGAAAAACAUUCGGAAGCAAGGUGACUUGAUUGACUAUGAAAGGGAUGCAUAUAACCUCCUUCAUAAACGAAUAAACCACACAUGGGACUUUGUGGUGAUGCAAGCCCGAGAGCAGCUCAGGGCAUCAAAGCAGAGGAGAAAAGCUGAUCGAAUUGUGCUGGAUUGCCAGGAGCAAGCAUACUGGCUUGUUAACAGACCCCCACCAGGAGCCUUUGAUGUUUUGGAACGAGGUCCAGAACGAGGAAACUGCCUCAACUCCAGAGUGCAGAUGAACAGUGAAUACUACAAAAAAGAGAUUGAACAAACGAAGAAAGCCUUGCUGCGAUCACGCGUGAAGUCUUCGAUAUGCCUGGAAGGCUUUUUUAAACAUUGUGAGCAGUACCAGGUGCAUGAUCCCAUCAUGUCAGGAUGCCUGCCCAGUAACCCUUGGAUAACUGACGACACAAUGUACUGGACAAUGAACGCUGACUUGGUGGCAACGCCAACUAAAAAGCGAGUAGAGCGCUGGGCCUUCAGUUUCAUGGAACUCAUUCGGGACCCGCUUGGACACAAAGAGUUUGUACAUUUCUUGGAAAAAGAAUUCAGUGCUGAGAACCUAAGCUUUUGGGAAGCAUGUGAAGAUGUCCGCUAUGGAGAAUAUUCAAAAAUCCCAGAGAAACUGGAGAAUAUCUACCAGCAGUUUCUUGUCCCAGGAGCAAGUAAGUGGGUGAAUAUUGACAGUAAAACCAUGGAUCGUACUCUGCAAGGAAUCAAAGCUCCACAUCGCUAUGUAAUGGACGAUGCUCAAAUGCAUAUUUAUUUUCUGAUGAAAAAAGAUUCUUAUCCAAGGUACCUCAAAUCUGAUCUGUAUAAGAAUAUGCUCGCCAAAGCAAUUGUACCACAGGAAACGAAAAAAAGUGUGUUUCCCUUUAUGAGGAGACAACGGCACUCUAGUCCGAGUCCUGCUUUGACGGCACAUUCUGGAGAGGAUGAUGGGAAGAAUAAAUCAGCUGGAUCGCCAGGGGGUGCCGUAGCGGCCACCAUCACUCAGGUCGAAGAAUAAACCCUGGCUUGUGACGUGGCAGAAUUCUACUCUUUUUUUUUUUUUUUUUAAACUAUUGCUUUGUAUUUAUUUGUUGCCCUGAGCCUAAACUCUAUACAGCAGGCUUCUCCACCCCCUGGUCCAUAAGCUGUAGGUGACCCCGAAUAAGCUGUUCCUUUAUUCAUAGACCCUGGAAACAUUUUUGCAUCAGUCCCAUAAAUAAUAAAUGGGGGUGCUUAUGAUUAAGGACCUUAAUUUUUGGAGUCAUUAACAUUAAGAUUAUUUUUAGUUUACAAUUUUUUUUAUAUCCUGGGGGGGCACACAUCUCAAGUUUUUUU